AUGCAAGGAAAGGAUCCACUAAACUAUACACGUCCAAUUUCGAACCUCCAGUCGCGUCGCUUUAUCCAAGGUUCCGAGCACCCUCAGUACGGGGUAGUGAGCCCCGUGUCCCAAGAACCGACGACCAGCAUUUGCUCGCUUUCAGCAGUCAUCAACAAGCGCGUGCAGCAAAAGGGCCAUGCUCUAGGGCUACAGGCGAUGAUUAAGUGUGACAGGAUAUUCAACAAACGAUUUCAGCCCGACGUUUUCCCUUCCCGCACCUCCUGAAGGCGAAAGCGCAAUCACGACUUCCCGGCACAGGGCACUGGGGGACAUCACGGCAAAUGCGCCAGACUGCAGCCCAACUAUAAGCGGGCGCAGCCAUGGCGGCAAACACGAACCGCUACUCAACCUACACGGCCGCUUCCACCGGCUCCGACUCCAAGAAUAGCGACAAGACUGAGAAGAAGGACCUGUGGAAUUCUAUGCUCUACUCCGUCGCCAGCGGGAAGCGGCUUCCAGAGAAGAACAUCAUUCUGCUCGGCGGAACCGUCGAUUCCCAGCGCGAUUUUUUUGAAUCGCUUUCCAACAGCGAGCUUCGCCGCACCCUCGACCGUAACGCCUCGAGAAUCCCACCAGUCGCAAACAGCUUCGCCUUGGGCUACACCUACUACGAUGUUCUUGACGCCGAUCAGGAAGACACGCUAGCGCGCAUUUCUCUUUACACCCUUACGAGCCCCUCUCCUGCGUUUGCUUCUCUCCUCCAGCCGCUGCUUACACCGCAAUCGAUACCAAACACGUUGAUAGUAGUGUUACUCGACUGGUCCCAACCAUGGAAGUGGCUGCGACAGCUGCGGGAAUGGAUUCUCCUUCUGCGCACGGUGCUGGUCUCUCUAAGCAACGAGUGUAAGGAUGCUAUGGAAGAGGUUAUGCUGUCGUGGCGAGACCGAGGUCGAGGCGGUGGGACAAAUCUCGACGGCACCACGGCCGCGCCUACAGCGGACGGGGAGGUAGCUCUCCCGCUUGGGCCAGGAGAAUGGGAAGAUGCCCUUGGCCUUCCCCUAUGUCUCGUUUGCCAAAAUGCCGAGAAGAUGGAAUAUCUGGAAAAGACACAAAGCUGGAAGGAGGAGGAAUUCGACGUCGUUUUACAAUUCAUGCGGACGGUGCUUCUGAAACAUGGCGCAUCAUUAAUAUACACAACUCCUUCCGUUCCCUCUCAACUGCCCACCUUGAUCCAUUCAAGCCUGGGCAUACACUCGCUUCUGAAGAAGCAGCCGUUAAAACACAACGUCAUUGACAGAGAUAGAAUUGUCGUACCGCCAAACUGGGAUUCGUGGGGCAAGAUCCGGGUGCUGAGAGAGGGCUUUGACGUCGAGCGCGUCAGCAGUGGGUGGUCAAUAGACCUCAACCAACCCUUCGUCCAACAUCAGCCGAACGGCGGCGCAGAAAAUGGUGAGGUGAAUGGCCACGGCGACGGUUGCAACGAGCAGAUGCGGGAGGAGCCGGAGGGAUCCGCAGUUGCUCUCUAUGAGCAGUCGGUCCAGGAUCCCACCAUGGACGCGCUCCAAUUAGCUGGGCGCAACACACAUUCCACCGAACUUGAGGUUGAGACGAUAGACACCCAAGUUUUCCUCGCCCAGCAGCUCAAGGUCUUGGAGGCAUUUAGGCAGAAGGACGAAGAGGCAGCUGAAUCGCGCCAUAAGCGGGUAAAGAAGUUGGAGCAGGACGAGCUCGUCGGCGAUAGCCCGACCCGGGCCGCCGAACCAAAGGUCCUCGAGCACAUUGGGCCGGUGCAAUUCAACAUGGGUGGCAUCCAGGUGGAUGCCGACGACAUGGUGCAACGGCUGAAGGACCGGCAAGCCUAUGGUUCCUCCGAACCCGCCAGCCCGACGGGAUCUGAGAGCGGCAUGGAAGCUGCUCCGCCCAUGGAGAAUCUGCAGGCCUUCUUCACGGAACUAAUGAACAAACGAGGGACCUCGACCAGAUGAGUUGAGCUCUCAGGGCCGCUCUUGCGAGAGUACCUUCAAGCCUUACUUCCGAACGUGAAGUUCCUCAACGGGGAUCCGCUCAUUGGAUCAGCGCAAUGCCUCGUAGCAAGAUCGAUACAGCCUUGAGGUUCCCUUUGUAUUUGACGUCGCAGAUCUUUGGAUGGUAGCUAUCCCAUAAGGUUGUCACCGAAUCCCACGCGAAGAGGAAGUGAGCCAGGGAUUUAUUGAAUGAAGAGUCUUAAAGCCCCGCAGGUGGGCAUUAGGUCUCCUUUCUAGUGGCGAAGGAAACUCGAGAAACAAUACUGUAGACUAGAUACCCUUUUGGCAGAACAAGUCGGCAUCGUUGCCAUGAAGCAAGAAAAUGCGACGGUAGGUGUGCUAGGGAGGUGGUGAUGCCUCUCCUGAGAGAUUCGAGUACCUAACUUGAUUGUAUGUACCGAAUACCGUCUUCCUAAUAAUGCCUUAACA